AAUUUCAAACGCCAGCGAGCGAGAGAGAGAAAGGAGAGGUUUUGGGCGGCAAGGAGCACCAGAAUGGCUUCCUUCGGCUUCUCGUGGGCCGAUGAAGUGGAGCGAGAGGAGCAGGAAGAACUGGAGAAGGCGAAGGGGAAGGACGCGGGAGAGGAAGACGAGAAGCAGCAGCCUAAGAGAAAGGCUGACCCUUUCGGGUCCGCGAGGCCCAGGGAGGUGGUCCUAGAGGAGAAAGGAGUGGACUGGCGCAAGCUAGAUCAGGAAUUGGACGCCCAUUCCAAUCUCAGGAACGACAAGAAGCUAACAGGAAACGUUUCUCUGGCAUCAUCUUCCAUUAGCAAAAAAGAACAUCCUCUUGUUGGACUUGGUAAUCACACAGAUCAAAUGAAGCCAGGACAUGAUCAAAGGAGCAUUCGGUCGCAGAAGCACCAAAAUGCUGUGCUUGUUCCCCCAUUAAGGUUCCUUCCAAAAAAUAUAGCCCCUUUGCUGGGACACACUCAUAGGGGACAAUCUUACCCACAAAAUGCUGCUUUGGACAGUGGUCUUCUGAGUCGACAUCCAUGCAACUCAAACUCAAACACUGUGCACCAUUCUGCAGUCGAUCCUUCUCUUGGUUUGUUAAGAGUACCACAAUACAGUUUGAGCAUGGUGGGGAGAAGCCAGUUGAGGAUGCAACCAAACACUGGAACCUUAAAACACAGCCAACAAAUGGGAUCUAACUGCAAAAUGGGUGUUACUAGAAACAAAGAGAUGAAUUUGAGGAACAACCACGAGGAUGAUGGAAUUAGAAGAUGUGACCAUGGAAAAGAGACUCAUUUCCUUGUUGCCGGAGAAGAGCUACAAGGUGACGGUAGGAGAAUUCUGACUGAUCUGAACAUGGGAAGAACCAAUAUGAAGAAGACUCACAGAGUUGGUGAAUCACAAGCUGCAAAGAGGAAGUCUUGCAUUCAAGAGUUGACAGAUAAAGCUAUGGAACCGCGAAUGUGGAUUAUGAAGACAAACCAGAACAAUGAUUGCCUGAGAUCAGAUUCUCCAGGAACUAAAAACAAAGUGGAUGAUGAAGGUGUAGAAUUGGUUGGUCCUUCAACAAGUAAAAAUGCAUCUUCUGGCAAGAACAAUCACAACAGAAAGAGAGGACUGCACUCAGCACCUCAGUCUGGUCGUCAUAGAAGGAAGCAAAGGAAUCAAGCUGGAUUGUGCAAGUAACAAAAGAAAAUUAGUUGUAUCAUUAGCACCAGUUAAGAUUAAGAGACCCAAUUGAACUUGUUUCUUUGACCUGAAAUUUUGCUGACAUGAUAUACAAUUUAUGAACUCAAAAACCUAUGGACAAUUCUUGCCCAUAGGUUUUCCAUACAUUACAUCGACAUGUAGCAUCUUAUACUGCUAUAGCCAUUAAUCUGGCAAAUGUUUC